GUCAGGCGGAAGUGUAGAGAGUGAUGUCGUCACCGUGACAGCUCGGAGCUGAGGCAGGAGUUUGAGGACUCUCUCCAUAACUUCUGGAAGUUUGAGUCGAGGACUGAAGUUCCUCUCAUCGUGAGUCCAGACUCAGAUACCGAUCCGUGAAGUCUCUGAAGCAGCACGAGCUGUCCGGUGAGUCCGGGUCUUUGGAUUGACAGGGUUUUGAACGGGUCCAGGACGGAGACAUUGAGUUCCGGAUUGGCUAACCUGUUAGCAGUUAGCUUAGCGGCUCUCUGAGCUGACAGAGUCGGAACUUUGAUCGACUCUCUCCUCGGUGUCUGGCUUCGAUUAAUCGGUCUGUCGCGACACUUCUCCCGUCACUCACUGAUCUCUAAUCGAUUAAUCGAUCCCCGAGAGGAGCCAGAAUGCCCGCAGACACCAUUGGGAACUUUAACCUCUUACACCGGACCUGUAAGUUGGUGGUCCUGCUCUGCCUGCUCCACAUCGCCGUCACCGUGGUUUUCUACGUCCGCUCCAUGGACGUCCGGGUCUCCUUCGUGCAGAACCAGCAGACCCAGAACCUUGCCACGCAACGGAACCAGGCCUACAAGUCCGUCACGUCGAAGAACCAGACCAGGACAGAGUCCAUCCUCAAUACUGAACCUCAGGAGGCCGAGUCCCCGAAGGUGCCGGACCAGGAACCCUCGGAGUCCCGGACCGAGCAGAAACCAGAAGAGAAGUCGGAGGUGAAGAAGCUGGAGAAGUGCCCCGAGACGUCCCCCCUACUUGUGGGUCCUCUGCGUGUGGAGUUUACCACCCCGGUGGAUCUGGAGAAGUUAAAGAAGGAUAACCCCGCCCUGCAGCCGGGCGGGCGCUUCAGACCCGCAGACUGCGUGGCGGUGGCGAAGGUGGCCUUCAUCAUCCCCUUCAGGAAGAGAGACGAGCACCUCAAGUUCUGGCUGUUCUACCUGCACCCCAUCCUGCAGAGGCAGCAGCUCGACUACGGCAUCUACGUCAUCAACCAGGAGAUCCUGGACGCUCUGGUGAGCAAUGUGAACAUCGAGCUGUUGAACGCUCUUCAUUACCACAUGGUGAACAGCAGACUGACCUCUGAGGAGCUCAAACACGGGUCCUCCUUCGCCUCCAUGUACCAGGACUUCCACGUCCACAUCCACCAUUACUCCAACGGGAUCGUGACGGUGAACUGCGCUCGUCUGAUCAAACCCGACCAGCACGCCACCAACGGCAUCGUGCACGUGGUCGACCGCGUCAUCACGGCCAUCUCCAACACCGUGCACACGCUCAUCGAUAUCGAUGAAGACCUGGAAACGCUGCGGACCGCCAUGGCGGCUGCAGGUCUGACCGCCAUGCUGGAGAACGAGGGCCAAUACACCAUCUUUGCCCCGACUAACGAGGCCUUUGAGAAGAUUCCUCAGGAGACCCUGAACCGGAUCCUGGGAGACCCUGUGGCUCUGAGAGACCUGCUGAACUACCACAUCCUGAAGACCAUGCAGUGUGCCGAGUCCAUCGUGACAGGGACGCCCAUGGAGACUCUGCAGGGGACUACGCUGGAGGUCGGCUGUGACGGAGACCAGAUGACCCUGAACGGGAAGGCCAUCAUCAGCAAGAAGGACCAGCUGGGAACCAACGGAGUGAUCCACUACAUCAACGAGCUGCUGAUCCCAGACUCAGCCAAGGUUCUGCUGGAGCUGGCUGAAGGUUCGACUGUUUCCACGGCGUCCAAGCUGUUUGUGGAGGCGGGUCUGAGCUCCCACCUGACGGGCUCCGAGGCUCUGACCCUGCUGGCUCCUUUGGACGAGGCCUUCAAAGGGAGUGUGUCGAUGACUCCCGACAUGAGGAAGCUGAUGACCAAUCACAUCCUGAAGGAGCAGCUGUCCUCUAAGUCUCUGUAUCACGGUCAGGAGCUGGAGACGCUGGGAGGACUCAAGCUGAGAGUGUUCGUGUACAGAAACAACCUCUGCAUAGAGAACGCCUGCAUCGCUGCUCAUGAUAAGCAGGGCCGAUACGCCACCUUGUUCACCGUGGACAAAGUCCUCACCCCCCCGAUGGGGACGGUGAUGGACGUGCUGAAGGCUGACGACCGCUUCAGUCUCCUGGUCGGAGCCAUCCAGACGGCGGGGAUGACCGAGCUGCUGAACCAGCAGGGGGCGAUCACCUUCUUUGCUCCCACCAACACCGCCUUCACCGCCAUGCCACCGCCUGAACUCAACAAACUGAUGCGUAACCGUCAGGAGCUGUCUGCGGUGCUCAAGUAUCACCUCGGGGAGGGGAUGCUGGUCAGCGGAGGAGUCAGCUCGCACACCAGACUCAGACCUCUGCAGGGGGAGAGACUGGAGCUGGGCGUGAGGAACUACACCGUCCACAUCAACAGGAUCCCCGUGGUCGAGGCCGACCUGAUGGCGACUAACGGAGUCGUCCACGCCAUCAACAGCUUCAUCAAACCUCUGCCUCCAAAGACGGACCGAGAGCAGGCGGACGGACCGGCAGCUCCGCUCAGAUCAGCUGCUUCCUCCAGGGUCGACUCAAAGAGCUUCAGGAACGACGAUCUUUUCCAGAAGGUGGUGCGGAGUCGCUCCAGCAGGACGAUGAUCAAGAGUCAGUAAAACCACAGAAGAAGAAGAGGGAACAUACAUCACAACAGAACACCUGAGGAACCAAAGAACACCACCUGUGCUCGUCACUUAGGGUCAAAGGUCACACAUAUAAGAAGAGGAGCGUGCAGUUAGUCCUGUUUCUGUUUCUGUGUGUUUGAUGAAACAGCAGCAGAACAAACUGCCUCCUCGUUCUGACACACCAACACAAGUCUCUGAGCGUCAGCAGGUCUGCUUCCCCCUGAGCUCCGUCUCUCAGGCUCUUGCAGGCACCUAGCUUCACCCUGAGCUCUGUCUCUCAGGCUCCUAGCUUCACCCCUGAGCUCUGUCUCUCAGGCUCCUAGCUUCACCCCGAGCCCUGUCUCUCAGGCUCGUAGCUUCACCCCGAGCCCUGUCUCUCAGGCUCCUAGCUUCACCCCUGAGCUCUGUCUCUCAGGCUCCUAGCUUCACCCCGAGCCCUGUCUCUCAGGCUCCUAGCUUCACCCCGAGCCCUGUCUCUCAGGCUCCUAGCUUCCACCUGAGCUCUGUCUCUCAGGCUCCUGCAGGCGCCUUGCUUCAUCCCGAGCCCUGUCUCUCAGGCUCCUGCAGGCGCCUUGCUUCAUCCCGAGCCCUGUCUCUCAGGCUCCUGCAGGCGCCUAGCUUCACCCCGAGCUCUGUCUCUCAGGCUCCUGCAGGCGCCUAACUUCACCCUGAGCUCUGUCUCUCAGGCUCCUAGCUUCCCCCUGAGCUCUGUCUCUCAGGCUCCUAGCUUCCCCCUGAGCUCUGUCUCUCAGUCUCCUAGUUUCCCCCGAGCUCUGUCUUUCAGGAUCCUGCAGGCGCCUAGCUUCACCCUGAGCUCUGUAUCUCAGGCUCCUAGCUUCCCCCUGAGCUCUGACUUUCAGGCUGCUAGAUUCCCCCCAGCUCUGUCUCUCAGGCGCCUGGCUUCACCCCUGAGCUCUGUCUCUCAGGCUCCUAGCUUCCCCCUGAGCUCUGUCUCUCAGGCUCCUGCAGGCGGCGCUGACCUGCUGACGCUCAGAGGUCCUGAGUGUUGAUUCGUCAUCAGAAUGUAAAGUUUGUAUUAAUGCAUCAGUAUUUUCACAUCCAUAUCAAAGACACGUAGCCGUUUGUUAGACUGAAGAAUCUGUGCGUAACGUUUUUUUACCGUACCGUAGCAUCCUGAGGGUUGUUGAAAUGCAUUGUGGGAAGUGUAGUGGAGUGUGUGAGGGUCGGGUGGAUCGGUGUGGAGGGUUUUAGAGUCAGAGGAGAGAGACGGAGGAAUCCUGUUUUUAAAAACGCUUAUUUUGUACUGUAAAAAAACAACAACAUGUUUGAACUUUCUCAUGUACGACUUUUGUAAAGUGUGUUGUUGUGUGUGUGUGUGUGUGUACUCUGUGUGUGUGUGUGUGUGUGUGUGUCCUGCAGCAUGUCGCAGGUCUGAGCUCCAAACCAGCAAAACACACAGAGGGACACUUUGUAGGACUUUUGUAAAAAAUAAAGAUGAAAAUGAGCUCUGAA